GCGUGCAGCCGCGUCUAAAAAAGCAUACCGGCGGUGGCCGAUGCGUGAUGUGCCUAUUGCGUGAUGUCGUCCCGCAUAGUUUUCAGAGUGCCAGUUAUUAUGCAUUCCCGAUAAUCAUCGCCGCCGCUAAAUGGUCCCCAGAGGAAGGUGUGUGACGCAGUGGGUUUUUGCUACAUUAAACCGAAGUGGUGAGCGUCGUCCCGGCAAGUGCCAAGAAGUUGAAGCGAAUUGUGUAAAAAUGUGACCCGUUUGUUUGCACAGUACAGUGAGCGUGAAAUAAUGUGCCGAAAAUGUGCCUUAUCCAACUCUUAGGGGGCGUCAUCCCGCGCAUAAACAGCAAAAGUGCUAUUGCCAGUGGGAUGGCAUCCGUGUGUGCUAGAUGAAGAACGGGUAUAAUGCUCAGGUGGAUUAAUGAUAGCAUAGCCGAGUCAGAGCCUGCCCCCAAGGACAUGACAGCUGUCAAUGCGGGUGUCCAUGAGCUAACCGGAGUGCGCCUUCCCCUGCAGCCGUACCCCGGAGGCCAUGCCGUCUUCAUGUACAGCACGGCCUCCGACGGUAACGUCACACUCCAGCUCAAGGAACCCGAUGACCUGGACAGGAACAGCCUAGCCGCCAUGCUGGCCAGGCUGCAGGACGACGCCACCUUCUCCAUCUCCUACCAGGACACGGACAUCCUCUCCGACGGCAGCAUCGACGUGCUGCUCGGUACGGGCACGGCAAAUUCAGGUGGAAGCGACGCAGUCACGGCCACCUUCGACCUGUUCGACUCGUCGAGCGGCCCGGACCUCACGUUGUCCCCCCAGACCUUCACCAACUCAGCCGAGGCCUUCAUCAACGACAACUCCAACAGCCUGGGCGUCCCGACGGACAGCGAUGCAGUAUCAACAACGACUGCGGAUGAUAAGAAGCCGGGCAGCACGUCGGAACUGGUGAAGGUGUCCGCCAAGCGGUCCAGACCUAAGCCCACCUCGCCAAACCGACAGGGUCCCCAGCAGUGCCAGGUUUGUGCCAAAGUUUUUGGGAACGCCUCGGCGCUGGCCAAGCACAAAUUGACGCACAGCGAUGAGAGGAAAUACGUUUGCAGCAUGUGUGGGAAAGCUUUCAAAAGACAAGAUCAUUUAAACGGGCACAUGCUGACGCACCGCAACAAGAAACCGUACGAGUGCAAGGCCGAGGGGUGCGGCAAGAGCUACUGCGACGCGCGUUCCCUGCGGCGGCACACGGAGAACCACCACAGCUCGUCGGCGGCGAACACUACGUCCACCACCAUGUCGCCGGCCCAGGGGGCCGCCUCGGGUGACGCAGCGUCGCCGCACGGCUCCAGCUGCAUCCAGUACGCGCCGCCGCCCACAUCCACGGCGUCGUCGUCGUCGGCGUCGACGUCGUCCGCCGGCAAGAGUCAAUUACAGCAGCUGCUCGCCACCGACCCCGCUAAGAGCGGCAGCGGCAGCAACAAUGACGGGCUAACCAAACAACAGCUGGACCUGAUCCACCAGAUAAUGGAGCAGACCCAGAGGCAGUCGCAGGCCGCCUCCAGCAAACCCGCCUCCAAGCCCGCCGCCAAAUCCAACGCCAAGACCUCCAGCAAGACCCAGGGCAAGGCAGCGUGGACGUCGACGGGGGGGCAGCAGCAGCAGAGCACGUCGAACAAAACAAUCGCCAGCGGAGCCCACAGUCCGCAGUCCAAGGUCACCACCACCACCCCCACGACGUCGCCGGUCAACUCCACAACGGGGAAGCCGGAGCAGAAACCGGUGGAGUGCAAUCUGUGCCACAGGAAGUUCAAGAAUAUACCGGCGCUCAAUGGACAUAUGAGGCUGCAUGGGGGCUACUUCAAGAAGGACUCGGAGAACAAAAAAUGCGAAAAGAAAGACUCCACCGGCCCCCCUCUCCAGACGGCCAGCGUCAGCGUGCGGGCCUUGAUAGAAGAGAAGAUAAUAAACAAGAGAAUAACCAAUCCGCCGGCAUCCAGCACCACGCCCCAAGAAGAAGCAAAAUCCAACGCCCCCCCGCUGUUCCCCCUAACCGUGCAUUCCUCAGGAAACGCUGACCUGGAGUCGAAGAUCUCUUCGUUCGUGGUCCCUGCCCCGCCCCAGCAGACGGCGGAGAAAACCAGAAGACAUUCCGACGCAGAAGCUUUCAGGACUUCCACCACUCAGCAAGAAGCUCAGGCCCUGGCCGAUCUCAUACUGAAAAGGGAGAAGGCCUCCGUUAAGAGAACCACGUCAGAUCCGGGUCAGUCGCAAUCCUCUCCUCUCAUAGAGUUCCAAUCCGCGGAUUCCUUUACCCUGGCCAACGUGACGUACCAGUCGGACGAAGCGGAAUUCAUCUCGUCCACCCUACAAGACGAGGUCUUCACCCAGGUACAGGACACCAUGCUCCUGCAAGGCGUGGAUCCCAACCAACUCGCCUCGAUACAAUUCCAAACCGACACCCUGCUGCAAGACCAGAACGACCAACAGCUGCCAGAGUUCAAACUGGAAGACAUCAACCUCCAGGAAUCCGUCGUCCAGCAGUCCCCGUCGUACCAAUCUAGUCAUUCGGUUAACCAGGAACUGCAAGCGGUGCUGGAUUCCCCUUUGCCGGAGAGUUUAGCGGAGUUCAGUACGUUUCACUCCACGAGUAAUCUGGAUAUGCCUUCCCCAGGGUACCAGACGCAUUCGCCGGCGCAGUACGCGAGGUCUCCUCAUACAAUCACCGCGCAGUCGCCGCUGCAAAGUCCACUGAUAAGGCACGACUCGCCCGGUUUUGCUUACCCUACACCGCCCGCUAGUCACGAAGGGCAGAGUCCCGGUUUCGGCCAGAACACCAUGCUGCCGAUGGUGUCACCCACUACUCAGGAAUUCGGGCAGAUCGUGGAAAGGGGGAUGUACGACCCGCCUCAGGCGUCGUCCCCUCUGUCUGCGGCAUUCUUCACCUCGACAAUGUCGAGCUCGGCGGCCGUUGAGGAAGCCCUGGAAGAGGUACUGCCAGGAGAACCAAUUUACCCCCUCACCAACUCCCCAACGCCCCAGAGUCCGCUUGGACUAACCCCGGUGCCAUCCCCGAUAUCCAGCAUCGUGACGACUUCCGACCCCUCUCCUCUUCCAUCGACGACGUUCUCCCCUUCGCCGAACACCUCGACCUUCUCCAUGUCCAAUAACUGGUGCAACGGCGUCAUGCUUCCAAACUCGGACGAUCCCCUGCUGUCGAGCAGCCCGAAGGACUUCGUCUCGAAGAAAAAGUUCGAAUUCAACGGCGUCCCGCUCAGGCUUAUAAGCAACAACGGCCUCAUAGAACUGAACAGUUCGAAUUUCGCCGGGAUCCUGGUGGACGCGAACGGCGAGAUAAAGCUCAUCCAGACCGGGGGGAACACCUUCCAGGCGAAGAACUUCGUCCUUACCAACACCCAGAUAGUCACGCAGGAGAACGACGACAAGAAUAAAGUACAAAAGGUGAUAAAGACAGUACAAUGCGCCAUACCAACGAAACAGAUCAUCACUAGGCCUAAGCAAGUCGUAGAAGUUAAGAAGGAGGAGAGCAACGACGUUUUUCUCAGCCCCACAACGAUUCCAGCUAGUCCUGUGCGGACGUCAAGGAAAAGGCCUAGGACGGAACCCCUGCAGCUGCCCGUCUUCCACCAGUCCAAGCUGAGGGCGACGAGAAGUAAACCCCAAGGGUCCGCUCCGUACACUCCUCAGCCGAUACUCAACCCCCAAAGAAUAGGAACGGGACUUUAUUCCAAUUUGAAGAACAAGAACGAUGACGGGGUAAGUUGGAGCAGCGAACCCAUACCGGAAACGGACUCGACCCCUCACGUCAAUAUAGGAGCCCAGUUCCAAUGCAACAUACCCCCUUUUACAUCCGCUCCAAAUAGAGCCAACCCGGAACCGACUUAUGAGGAUCUGCUCUGGGAUCCCGGUAUUAAUAACUGCACCGACAGUGAAGUUGACAUGUAUCUGGAUUUCGCGUGCUGCGCUGCAGUCCCUGGCGGAGGACGGAACAAGGAGUACGCGAUGCACCUGCUGCACAUGUGCGGGGGCAACAUCCACGACGCCAUGUUGCGGCUGAUGCAGCCCUCCCCCAACCUCCCGACGGACCACCCGCUGCUGGCCUAUCAAUACAGCGAAACUGACAAAUGGUCGUCGGUGGAAACCGACAUUUUCCACAAGGCUCUGCUCAAAUAUGAUAAAGACUUUCGCAGCAUAGCUCAAGAGAUUCGGACAAAAACCAUAAAACAAUGCGUGCAGUUCUACUACGUCUGGAAGAAGGUGUGCGCUGACGAGUACCGCAGGUUGAAACAGAUGCGGGAGCGGAGGAACAGCUAUUUGAAAGGUUCGGAAUCCGACAUGGACGAGAAGCUCUACCCAGAUGCCAAAUUGCUGGGGAUCGCAGACAGCGGGUCCCCCAUGCCCGUUCCGGAGCCAAGAGGAUUCGUCUGCGAAUUUCCCGAAUGCUCAGCUAGUUUUAAUUCCAGAGCGGCGCUGAACGGCCACAUACGGAUCCACGGCGGCACGGCCAGGAACUCGCCGACGCCGUCGCCGUCCGCCGCGCCGGACAAGAGGACGGCGCCCGCCAGCUCCACCGUCUGCCACCCCGACUCCACGGACGAGUACCCCUGCAAGAUAUGCGGGAAAGUGUUCACAAAGAUCAAAAGUCGUAGUGCCCACAUGAAAUCGCACAGGCCGCCCGACGCAGAGCCCGUCAGGAGAAAAGAGAAAGACGCCCCCUCGUGCUCCAGCUACGAACUUUCCGUGCCAAGCCCCUUUAGUACCUAGUCCUAGCUCAGAAACUAACUUUUACAUUAAACGAAUCAAAAACAGGUAAAGGGCAAUCAAAAAAUUAAUAAUAUUAUAAUAAUUAAAGAGUCAGAUCGAAGGAACAUCACAUAAUUUCUUGAAGAUGAAAAAAAAAGACAUGUUUGUUAUUCAAAACUUUAGAAGAGUGUAGGUAAAAAAAUUAUAGGUAGAGUAAUAGUGUACAAAUUACAAACCACAUAUUAACAGAGAUUUAUAUUUAAUAUAAAAUAGGGGUUGUGUUACGUUACGGUGUCGUAACGUUAGUGCCUUUUCGAAUGUCGACUGAGACACUAUGUAAGGAGCCGCGCCCCCCGCCCAGGGGGCGCGCGCCUCGUGCUACCAUUAGCGAUCUGGUAUUCAAAAAAUAGUGCUCAGAAAUUUUAUAAAGUACGCCAGAAAUACCAGCUUCGCAACAAAAAUAACAUUGUAUGAUUUUCAAGUUCAAAUAUAUUACAUAUCGUCGCCCCCCUAGAUCGUUUAUACGGGUCUAGGGAAGGUCUGGGUCCCAGAAUAGGUCCUUGCGGUACCACACAAAUUACAAGUCAUAAUUACUAUUUAGUUAAUUUGCAACAGUUUUUCGGACUGAUGAAAGUUCUUAUCAGGGUUGAGUGGAAAAAUCGAUUUAUUAUAUUUAAAACACAGUUUAGCAUAUACAGGGUGAACCGUUGUUUAUUUUGUCGCUUUGGUGUCUCGUAACUGUAUCUGGAAUAUUAAAAAAAAAAUGGCGCAUCAUUAUUGGGCAAGACAGGUCACUAUAAUUUGGUAUUUUGCCAUUUUUUACAAAUUAAAAUUUAGUGGAAAAAAAAUUUGUAGAUUGGUGACCUUCGGUUGUUAUUCCUUGCCUCAGCAGUUUAUGCAUUGAGUGAAAAAUUUUAUAAGUAUAUAUACAGGGUGAUACAGAAUUAUCAAAAAAAAAAUCUGGAUGUACAGG